GAUAUAAUAGAAGUAUACAGAAUAUUGCACGCCAUGUAUGGUGCGGAGAUUUCACCCGAUCUCGAACUGAGACAGUUUAGUAAAGCUAGAUGCAAUAACUACAGACUUGUCGGUCAUAGUUUGAGCUGUGGCAUCAGAAAGUUUAGUUUUACAGAAAGAGUAGUAAAUGUAUGGAACAGCCUCCCGAAUGGUGUGGUUAACUUUCCGUCUCUCAACACGUUUAAAAAGACUUUGGAUGGAUUU